AUGGCCUCUAAAGAACCAUGCAUUCUUCCAGCAGACAUUAUGGAGUCUCAAUUAGCCACUAUUGACCUCCUAACAGCCAUGUUCCCGGCUCCAGGCGAGCUGGAAAUCCCUGAAUCCACAACGCAGUGUGUCGAGAAACUGCGAGACUGGUGCGAGGAACCGGCAUCCAAGCCCUCCAAUAUUCCUUCAAGUAUAUAUCUGCUUGUCUGUCUACCAAUAGCAGACGGAGAUAGAACCAUCCAAGUCAACGUCUCCAUCCCACUACAAUGCGAGGACCCGGAGACAAUUGACCAACCUCCACCAUUGGGAUAUUCGCUUCGACAGCCGGAAUGGAUGUCUAAAGCUGAGGUAGCGGAAGUGGCCAGUUCAAUACCUGAAGGGGAUGCUCUAGAGGCAUUCGAAUACUUCCAGACAGAAGCCAGCCGCUUUCUUGAAAUCAAGCAGAAUCAGGCUGUGUCUUCAGAAGAUAGGGGUUCUGGGGGUCCGGUCGUGCGAGUCUGGUUUUAUUUCCCAUCCUUAUCAACUCGCAAGAAGAGAGACGAUAUGGUCAACCUUGCGCCAGGAUAUUCUCUCACGGGCUUUGUGCUGGCCGGAAAGCCGGGCGUGUUAUGUCUUGAGGGUGCAUCCUCUGAUAUUGAUUCAUACAUGAGCUUUAUCAAGACACAUUCUUGGGGUGAUAUUCCCAGUCACCAGAAGAAAGUCAGUGAGAGGUUUCGCGAGACUGAGGGAACACAAAGAGUGUUUUCCGGGAUGGAGGAGAUUACAAACUCGCUAGGGGAACGAGGUGGGCAGCGAGCCAAUCGGGGUGAUAUGCAAGCACUGGAGGCGUGGUUAGGGUCUAAGGGGCUACAAGAGGCAUUUGAAAAGGUCAUCUUUUAG